UCCCCACCCACCUAAUUUGAGAUGGUGAUACUGGUACUAGCCUGCGCUCGACAUGCGCCUGGGCCCGACCAAGCACCUACCUACGUGUCCGACUCCCACCGUCCCACGAGCUGCCAGCCACCACGACCGGAGUCCACAGGCGUUAGGUUAGGGUUUCCCAGGGGUCCUCAGCCCUCCAUGUCGACUAGACUAGUGACUGGAGUAUUCUCGACUAGCAUUUGCUCACUCACGCACUCACCUCAUGUCGUCUGUCUGGGCAGGCACGGAUGGAUCAUGGCCCAGACUAGGCUCGGAGGCAGGUGGAGCGUUCGUCGGCUUUGAUGUUAUAUAGAUCCGUCGACGGGCAACUUCACCCAUCUUCUCGUGAUGCAAUCCAAUCGCAAUCAAUCCGAUGCUGUCACAUGACCCAGACUCUCUACACUUCACGUGGUAUGAGACACGAUGACACUCGGCAGGACAUUACUACCACAAACUAUCGUGGAUCGCAUAGUCGAUCACCUGCGUGCGGACAAUGAGUACGCCAGCCUCGCUCCGUACGCGACUGUCUCCAAGCAAUGGCAGAUCGCGGUGGAGAGGCACACCUUUCGCCAGCUGUACAUAUCAUCCGCGAGGCUCGAGGAGCUCAACACCAUUGUAUGCCGACGGAGACAAUGUACUCUUCAGGUCAUCACGCUUCACAUCGCCCUAGCGUCGUACCAUAGGAACCAGCGCGGUGAUGCCGAGUCUCGCGAAGACGGCUCGGCAACGACACGCAUCUUCACAAGCUUCAUGCAGGACUUCUUUGGCACUCUGUCAAAGUGGGAGGUCGAGCACGGCCCCCCGGAAGGGAUACACGUGGAGAUCCUCAUCGAGUCACCAAGCGAUGAAUCCUCCUCGUCAUCGCGACGCGUCUCGCCUGCAACGACCCGACGCGCGAGGGCCAGUCCAGUCCGCAUCGACCUGCACCGCGACGCUCUCCCUGCGGCAUUGGUCGCUUCGGCCUUGACAUGCACCGGUCGCCAUAUCGAACUGACGAGCGUCCUCCUGCUCCUCGAGAAGAUGCCAAACCUCAGGCUGCUCGAUACCGAGCUUGAGCACGACACCAACGGCAGCAAAGACUUGGAGCAAAGACGAGAAUUUGUGCUCGGACUCGAGCUCUACGCGCCAAAGGUCACGGACCUUCGCCUUCGACGACCGCAGAACGCCUCCGAGCCACGAAACAGGCCGCCCCGCGAGGCGCGCGCCCUUUUCUACAAUGUUCUAGCCAGCUACACUCGCCGGUGCACCGACCUGACCUUUGACGACUCGGUCGACGCCAGGGAGUUCUUUGCUCCCUAUGCCGACGAAUCGGACCAGGCGAAUAGACACCGUCAUCCUGGUACCUGGAGGAGGUUGGAAAGACUGCAUAUUCGCAAUUCGUACAUGCUGCGACGGCCGUACAUGCGCGUUGCGACUCGUGCCACAGCGUUGCAGCACGUGCACGAAGUCUUGACACUGGUGGGACGCGCGUUGCGUGCCAUGCCCGUCGUCGAGAACGUGCGAAUAAGGCAAUACAUCUUGACAGAAGAAGGACUGCAAACGAUAUCUGUCCAGUAUUAUUUCGACGGCCGAGUCCCCACGAUCAGAUUCUCCGGCAUCAAGCCCGUCAGAGCCACGCUGGAAGCAUGGAGGGCAAGUGUCAGGGAAAGACGGGGAGCGCAUCUACGCGUCGAUGUUGAUGCGCCGGGUGUCCAGGAUUGAGGGACAUGCCCUUGCACGAAAGCGACUGGAUUGUGUGAUGAUAACGAUGCACGAUAGAUACGAGUAACUUUGUAAUGUACACGACAUAGAGACGCUAGAUAUAUACACACGCAAAAUACGAUAAUGUACUGUUUCAACGACCUUGUGGUCCAGUGGUUAGCUUA